AUGGCUACGACUACCUCUUUAAAGCCCAUUGGAUACAUCUUGACAACAGCAUUGGUCGAGUCUCUGUAUCAUGUUCUGCCGGAAGAAAGUCGCGCAGCCCCAGUAGUAUCAAAUAAGCUUUUGAAGGAUUUGAUCGACGGCGCCAGUCAGGCCCUUCAAUCUUUAUCCAAGUCAGUCGCAACAGCAUCCAAGAUUUAUGAUUACUUAAAAGAUCUUCUGCCGCCGAAUGAUAAGUAUAGCUCUCUUGAUGCUUUUGUAUCUGGUCAAAAUGCAACGGACCAAAACAUGCCCCUAGACUGCUCCUUGGAUCUUGAUGCCCUUUCGGAUUCAUUUUGGGGUGACUUUUCCAACCAGCCUUCAGAGCCUAUACACAUGGGAGAGGGCAAUAAAACGUUACCACUUUUACCCAUGGGUCGAACUGAAAUUUUCACGAUGAACGGGUGGCUUUUUAAUUCCGAUGAUCUUCAGGGCCAAAUGCUAACCGAUCUGCGCUCUGAAAGUAUGGAAUUGGGCAAUCUUUCUCUGAAUUGUACUUCAUCUCGAUCCGGAAGAACUCCUUUCGCAUGA